AUGGAACAAAAUAAGGACAGAUUUUUGAAUUAUUACGGCAGUCAAACCGAAAGGUAAGCGAUGUAUUACAUCUCCACUUCAUUCCACUCACACUUUUUUUUUAUCCAGAUAAAACAGAUUAUUUAUUUGUUUUCCGUUUUUUUUCCAGGCAAGAUCCACAGCAACAAUAUUCGCGCAUGUCUGCAACGUAUUUCCCUUACUACCCGCAACCUCAAUAUGCUGUGCCGCCGUUCUAUGGCUCUCAAUUGCAAGGAGCGCAAGAAAUUCACUCAUCUUCAGUACGACGCCAUUCUGAUCUGCCUGGCUCGCAAUUGCAAGAGAACAGCCACAGCAGUAGUAGCAGCACUGGUCCAAAGAAGAAAAAUUGUUCGACAGACACUGAAGAAAAGAUCUUGGUGGAGCUGUUUGGAGAAAAUGAAGAUAAGCUGCGAUACAAAGCCUUCAGCUCCCCUGAAUGGCUGUCAAUUGCUCGCCAGCUGCACUCGCGGUGCAAGGAACAAAACGUAGACAGUGACAAAACGCCACAACAGUGCAAGAACAAAUUGGCAAAUUUGACAAAGAAGUAUAAAAACACCAAAGACAAGCUUCGGUCGACAGGA